UCCAGUUUUGGGGGGCUGUUCCCUGAGGAGGCUUCAUCAGUGACAUCACAGGGAUGGCCGCCUCCCACAGCCUACUUUAGGCGCCGCCGGGGGCCCAGGAGCCCGGACAGCCCAGGAGAGGAGCGGGACUUGGAGCCGGAGCUGCGGAGGGAAAGGGGGAGUCUGCGGCAGCCGGGGGCAUCCUCGCCCCCUUCAGGUGAGGACAAGCAGGAGGUCUUGGGCGUGCCCGCAGAAGUCUGCUUCCCGUUCUCUCUGACCCACUCUGAGAAUGGAGCGAUCCACCCGGGAGCUGUGUCUCAACUUCACAGUCGUCCUGAUUACUGUUAUCCUGAUGUGGCUACUGGUGAGGUCCUAUCAGUACUGAGAGGCCAUGCCGUGUUCCUGGGACGGACUGCGAUGCUCCAGAGCUGCCCGCCUAUGUCCUGAGACCCCACUGCUGCCAUGGAUGCCUGUCCUGGCGCCCCACAGCACUUGUGACCUGCACUCACAUGAUCCGAGGCUAGGAUUCACUGCGUGUGCUCUAAAGAUGCUGCUGUCAAGGGCUGCCAUGUGUUUGCCAGUGAGCAUUACAUUUAUUCCCCAACUCUUACUGCAAAUGUGUUAGACAAGCCACAAGGUUAGAAUUAAACUGGAUUCCUGAUGAUGCAUAAUUGUAA